GCGGUUGCCACCCUGUAUUCAUUUCAAAUUUUCUCACGACCAUUACAUAAUCCAGUAAUAUCUAACUUUACCUCGCCUUAAAAAUGGACCUGAUAAAAUAAACUAGGCCUUUUCGGAAAGUGUCUGAAAAUUAAGAUAAUUAACUUUUAUUAAGAUCAUUUCUCGGUGUCAAGCUGAAAUGAUUCAUAUGGCUGAUAAAGUAAUUUUAUUUUGUUUGGAGCGAAUUUCCAGCGUAGAUAGUAGUACUUAUUUUGUUCAGUUGCUGGGGCUCUAAAUAUGGAAGACGCUCUAUUUAUACUAUGGUUAAUUAUUUGUGAAAAAGUCUAAUAUAAUUUGUAAUAAAUGGAUCGUGUAUCGAAGAUCGGCAAUCGUUUGCACCAAAUAAAAAACUAUUCGAAACGUGAGAAAGUUUUUCUGUGUUUUAUUGCGAUUUUGAGUGUCACGACUUUAGUUUUUUUAAUUUGUUUACUUAAAUCGCAAAAUGAUGAUAACAUUUGCACAAGCCCGGAAUGCAUUACAGCCGCCCACCACAUCCUAACCACUGUAGACGAAACUGUAGAUCCGUGCGAGGACUUCUACCAAUUCGCUUGCGGAAAUUUCCUGAAAACUGCCAUAAAAUAUGACCGAAUGAGUCCACUGAAACCUUUAGAAGAUAUGAAGAAAAACGCUUUGAGGCAACUUGUAACGGAAGACAGAAAGGACGAGGACCAGUUGGUCAAAAGUUUUAGGGAUCAGAGAAAGUAUUUUAGAGCCUGCAUGAAUACUUCGGCAAUAGAAGAAGACGAAGACAAAACCUUCCAGGAGAUUAUUGAGUUUGUUGUAGGCGGUUGGCCCUUGGCUUUAGGUCAUGGCAUGGACCUGUUUUGGCCUGACGUAAUGAUGAGGGCCAGACAAAAAGGGGUUCUUUUCAAUUUUUUUUUGGGCUUGGAUAUUAGGAUUGAUUUUAAUACGAGCCAAGUUUAUUUAGAGUUGAAGCCUCCACCUAUGGAAUAUUACGACAAAAUGCUUUGGAGGGAAGUUAACAUCCAGAAACUUAUCGAAAUGGCAGAACAUUGGGGAAAUCAUUCGUUAAGUGCUAGUUGGGAGGCUAGAAAGACAAUAGAAUUUGCGAAAAAUUUGAACGAGAUUGUAGAACGGGCCCAUAACUCUACCAAAAAUCAAACCUUAGAAGCUCAAAAAAUGAAAAUAUCUGAGCUGAAAAACUUUAAUUUUUUGAGGUUGCAUUGGUUGCAUUUCCUGAAAAAUAUGACUGGGCUGGACUCUUUGCAGGAAGAAGAUGAGAUACUUUUUGCGUUUGACGGUGGAAAGUAUUUUGAGGAUUUGUAUUAUCUUAUUAAGAAAACCUGCAAAAAAAUUUGGCAGGACUACAUUGUAAUCCUUCUCAUCACCAACGAGUGUAGAUUUCUAUCUAAAAAAAUCGAAACACCUUGCAUAGAAAUCAUGGACUAUUCAAGAAAAGAUAAAACAAGAAAAGAUUAUUGUUUCGAUCAAGCCAUUUCAGAUUUUGAUGGUGUAGCUGAAGCUCAAUUCAUCAGACAAACAGUAUCGAACGAAAAACGCAAGAACAUAAAAGAAAUAAUAGAAAACGUGAAACAAGAAAUGGAAAAUAAUUUGAGAAACAUCAAAUGGAUGGAUGAUGAAACUAGAGAAGCUUCAAUAAAACAUUUAAGGAAAAUAACGUCCGCUAUUGGCUGGACCGAUAUUGUUUUCAAUGGAACUGAAUAUGAACGACUAUUCGGAUUUAAUAAAUGCGAGUUUAGUUCAGACAACAUCAUAGAGAUUAACCAAGAAGUAAACCGACAUUAUCUUGACUAUCGUUUCAAGAAGAUCAAAGAACCUUUUAGUUUUCAAAUAGAGCACGCUUUGAGUGUACCGGUGUUGGAAGUGAAUGCUUUUUAUGUCAAGUAUUGGGACAUUUUAAUUUUAGUUGCUCCAAUUCUCUAUCAACCAGUUUACGACUUAAACAGACCACAAUACCUGAACUAUGGUUCGUUGGGCAGUAUAAUAGGCCAUGAAUUGACGCAUGCUUUUUCGUCACACGACGAAGAUGAACGUCAAAUGUAUGCUAAAAAUACGUCGGAUCUUUGGAGUAAUGCUACUAACAGAAAUUAUGAUUUGGAGAAAAAAUGCGUGGAUGAAGAGUAUGAAAAUUACAGUGUAUCCGUAGGAAUAACUUUGGAAAACAGUUCAGCAGCCACAGACGAAAAUUUGGCAGACUUCACUGGACUAAACCUAGCAUAUCUAGCUUAUCAAAAAUUCUCCAAUAGCCAUGGAAUUGAAAAACGCCUACCAGGCAUAAAAUUCACUCCAAACCAAUUAUUCUGGAUAAUGUCCAGCACUUACAUGUGCGAAGAACCCAGACUGAAAGAUCCCGAAACGGCGCACACGCAUCCGGAUAGACGUUCUGCGCAAAUAAAGCACGCAUUGGCCAGCUUCCGUGUGAUCGGGCCUUUAAGGAAUUCUCCGUAUUUCGCGGACGAUUUCCGAUGCAAAACCGGCACUAAAAUGAAUCCGGAGAAAAAAUGUAGAUUAUACGCUUGAGAUAAAAAAAAUAAAAUACAUUUCAAAGA